CCCAGCGCGCUCUGCGGUGGAGUCAUAGAGAAGAGAAGCGCGAUCGUGAUUGUUGAGAAAUGUUUUGCUGUGAAAUGUAAAAACUCUAAAAUGUGAUAUCCGAAGGAAACUUAAGCAUCCUGUUUUGACAGAAAACAAGGAAACAGUGCUUCAGCUCAAUGAAUGUGGAGACUGUAAGCCCUGGAGAAGAACGGAUCGAUGGAUGUGCGGAAAAAUCGGCUUCUUCUAAUGUCAAGGAACAGGAGCCACAAAAACGCCCCAAGCAGCCGGACAGUAAGAGAUUUGAGCGGGAGAUCGAAACUCUGAAUGGGAAAAUACGAGAGAAAGAAGCUAAGCUGCACUCACUACAAAAACCUUCUCCACGAUCGAGGUCCGCUUCAAACUCAAGCAUCUACGCAUGGAAAGACAAAGAUACUCUGCUUGCAGAGUUGCGUUCAUAUAAAGUUAACAGAGAGAAAGAUAUUGAAGCCAGACAAAAGAUAGACAUCGAGCUCAAAAGACUCACAACUCUUGUACAGCAAAAGAAUGACGCAUGCCGCAAAGCUCAAGCUUGUUUAAAAUACAAGUCAGAAUCUAAGACUGAUGAAGCAAUAAGGAGACUCGAGCAUCAACUAAGAGUGCAGCAGCUGAAACUUCGAGAUGAGACAAGGAUAGUCACAGAGAUUGAUGCACUGCGCCGGUCAAAGAAGAUGAUUCAUGAAUUUGUGGCAUUAAAAGCAGUGUUAGAUCAGUUGAGAGACAAACAGAGAGCCCUACGCACAGAACGAGAUAUUUGUACUAAGAGAAUCAACACUCUGAAAACAAAAGAAGACGAGAUCAAGAACAUCUUGGAUGAGCAGAGAGGCAAGGCUGAGGAAGUUCGGGCUUUACAAAAGGAGACUGAAUCUGAGAGAGCACUUUUGAAAAAAGAAAUUGAUGGCCUUUAUGACCAGAAAAGAGCAUUAAUUGCUGCAUUCAACCAUGAAAAAAUUGAGUACUUCAACAGUCUUCGCGAGGCCAAGCUCCAGAACAGACAGAGAAAGAGAGAAGAGUCCCAGAAACACACAGAAGAAAAGCGAUCCAUGCAACAAAGAGAAAGGGCCACAAGAGGUCCCUCUCCCCCACCCUACCAAGCAGAGCUGGCACUGUGUGACACCCUACUAGACUACAUGGAGCGCUUGACGCCCAGCCAGCAAUCCGAGGAGCCGAGCCAGUCAAGGGAAGUGUCAACUACGCCCUCACCUGAACCUCUGGGUCAAGCUGUGAGCCCGCGUAAUGAAGAGUCCGGUGUGUAUCUAAAGAAGAAAGGAGAUGACGACCUGGAGGGGCUGUUUGCUGGUACAGCCAAACGAUCAAAACGUGAAAGCAAAAAGAACAGGAGAAGCCUAGCCAGAGAGCUGCCUAAGAAGCUCGUGCUACAUCCAGCCGUGGUUGACCAGUUCUGCUCGUUGCGGCUUUCCCCGCCCUCUUCUGUGGCAGAUAUCCCACGUGCAGUUGCCGACCUUAAUGACAAGAAGGAUUUCUUCGCUUCUGGUGCCGAGCAAGGUACAUCCUCUAGUCAGCUUACCUCCACCGCCUCCUCCCUCUCCGAGGACUCCUCAUCCCUUUCGCGCUCCGAUACCCCCAGCACUCGACCGGGCUCAGUUGCUAACUCUGAGUUACUUGAGGUUGACUUACAGAUCGCCACAGCUUUGCAACUCGGAGAUGAAUCCUUUUCUCAGCAUUCGUUCGCCGACUCGCAAGACUUCUCAAGUGACGAAUUCCCAAGUCUCCCCUCCAUGUCCUACCCAGUCCCCCCUCACACUACUGCUGAUGACAUUGGUGCUGAAACUAGUGCAUGGGUCCAUAAAGUUAUUGACACCGUGAAUGGCGGCUCUGCUAGAAAUGGAGUGAGUAAAGAACUUGCGGCAAACGGGGACACCAGUUCUGCCAUGGAACCCACAGUGGGCGAUUUAGAAAAAAGCGUUAAUCAUCAAAUAGACGUUAACGCGGAGGUGACUUUAAUAGAGAAUACUAAUAUCAAUAGGGACAAUGCCGAGGAAAGACUUGAUGAUCUUCAAAAAAAUAACAAAAACGGAUCAUAUUGCAAGCAAAGCACGAAUUUGGAUACCAUUGACAAACUCGUUGAGAACGAAAUAUCUGGUAAACAGAACAACUCGGAAAGCGAGGAAAAAGUUUACACCGAAAACUCUAAAAGUAGUGGCUUAUCACACGCCAUGUCGAAAACGGAUGAUAUUGCAGCUCUACCAGGCGAGGAGAGCAAAGAGGAGUUACCCCCCGAACUGAUCCAUCCAUCGAACUGCAGCAGUAAGUCUAUGAUUAAAACAGACGAUGUGUACAGUAACGGAGAAACUCCUGAUAUUUUGAACGAUCUGGACGAGACGAGAGUAUCACCUCCUGCUGUCAAUAAUUUUGAGAAAUGCCCAGCGUGAGUGACAUACGCCAAUCAAAAUUGAUUUACGCCCAAAUGAAAUGCUUUUUAGCCCGUGAUUCGUAACACUGUCAUACUUUUCUUACAUAUUGUAAUAAAAUCCAGAAUUGCUAUA